UUUCGUAUGUGAUGAUAACUCAAUUUUGAGGCCCUGCCUGAGCUGAAGGUCGCCUGAUAUCCCCGGCAGGAGUACUCAUAAGCGGGGAUUGAAGAGAUAUUUAACCCUCUGGUGUCCUCGGCGAUAUGUCUAAUUUUCUCAUCUAACACACCGAGUCUUGACCAAACUAGACGAUUCUCGCUUUCUCGAACAGUUAUCUUCUCUUGAAACUACAACUACAUCGGAUACCUGACAAUGCAUUUCAGAGAUAUCGUCCUGGUUGCCUUUGUUCUGGGCGUAGCAACAGCCCAGUCCAAGACCUGCAAGACAGAGGCAGACUGCCCUAAGGAAUCCCCUGUUUGCUGUGGGUUUAUCCCUACCCACAAGUACUGCCUGCCGGAAGGAACGGUCUGCUAGGAGAUGCGGGUAUAAGGGUCUGGUCGUUGGC